AUGGCAAGCUGGCUCGCGUCAGAUUGCUGUCUCAAUGGGUCCAUACUCCCCGAGCAUGCUGAGCAGCAUCCCGGAGUGCUGGAGAUCCGAGGUAAAGGAACCACAAAAGACACGAUGGAAGCCAAUGCCAUUCCAUUGGUGAUAUCUGGAUGCAGCGCCCCAUUUCGAUUGGGAUCAGAACCUGCGGAGAAGCUGAUCUUGCGCGAACUCACUCUUGCAUCAAGCCAUACUGCAACACUUCGGAUAUGGGAGGAGACAGGCAAUAGUAUUGCUCGGCAUAUCUGGUUAGUACCACCCACCAAAACACCUGAACCCAUAUCUCAUCAUUGUCGCGUCGGAAGGGAUGCAGCUCUAGCAUCGGUGAUCUUCCUCGAUCAGACUAUUACCAGUGAGACCACCGCUCGCCUGCCGGCUCUCAGUAAACUCCUCCACCAGCCCCGCGGUCCACCAUUGCAGGCCGUGGAAUUGGGAGCUGGCUGUGGCAUUGUGGGGAUUGCGCUAGCGAGCAUGCUGGAUUCGUGCGAAGUACUUCUCACGGAUCUCCCAGAGGUGGAAGAAAUAGUCCAGCGAAACCUUGCGGAGGCCCACCUGAAAAAGUCCUCGUCCGUUUCGUACCAGAACUUGGAUUGGGACGAGCCGCCUCUGCAAUUCUGUCGCAAGCGCAUUGAUCUGAUUCUGGUGUCUGACUGCACCUAUAAUGCAGACAGUCUCCCCGCUUUGGUCUCUGUGCUUGACAAGUUGACCCGUAGUUCCCCGGAAGCCCUUGUUCUCGUGGCUCUCAAGCGGCGGCACGAGAGCGAGGCCGUCUUCUUCGAUCUUAUGCAGUCCGCGGAGUUCACAGGGGAGCAGGCAUCUAUGGACAUGCCGGCACAAAACGACCAAGUGGACAAAAUCGAAUUACAUUGUUACCGGAAGGUGACGUGUCAUAGAUCAGGGUAG